AAAAAAAAAAAAAAGAAAUGAUUGAUAAAUACUCUUCUUUUCAAUCUCAUUUACCUGAUCAUAGACGAGCAUCAGCACCUAUUCGACAUGGAUUUAAUCAACAACAAGAAAAGAGACAUAAUAGUGUUGAUUAUUAUUCAAAUCAACCGUAUCGAUUAUCUAUUGCAGAACGAUUUAUGUCAUCAAAACAAGAUUAUUGGAAUUAUCCUUCAAAUGUCAAGAUCAAUAUAGAUGAUCAAAUAUCAAUGGAUUCGAGUCCUGUUCAUCCUCAUUCAUUAGUCAGGCCAGACGAAGUACCAAAUGAAACUGAUACGUCCUUUACUCUUCAUCAAAAAAACGAUACUGAUACCCCAUUGAAAUAUACCACUCGAAAAUCGCAAUGCUCAACUCAAAAGACGAAAAGAAAUUAUUCUCAGGAUGUUUCAGUACAAACAACUGUCGUUCAUAAUAAAAAGUCAAGUUCAACCAUCAGUACAACAACAGAACAAAAAAAAAGUAAUCAAGUGGAAAAUAAUAAUAACAACAACAAGACAGACCAAUCGACAUGUUGUCAUCGUGGGUUUUUAUUAUUAUGUGUGUUCUUUUUUAUCUUGGUAUUUGGUAUUGUCCUCUUCUUGAUAUGGCCACGAGUACCGUUAUUCCGGAUAGAAGGGGCUAGUUUGGUAACACCUGUGGAAAUAGUACAAACACGACAAGGUUGGAUGGAAAAUGUGAUGUUUACGACUCGUUGGCUGGUGAAUGUGACAGUGGACAAUCGACAAAACUAUAUUCCAACACGAUUAAACAAGGUUGAAGUGAUUGUCAAGGAUGCAUUGACCAAUGCUUUGAUUGGUAAAGGUGCAAGAAAUAAUAAUAGUGACGACAAUGCAACAAUGAUGGAUGUGGUGCUGAUAGAUGAUAUUUCAACCGUCUCUUUUUUGGUCAAUGUGAACUAUCAAGCUCGUGAUACGUCUGAUACUACCUUUUUGGACUUGACUCAUGCAUGCCAUCGUACUGUCAAUUCCUCUCCUUCCUUACCACUUCAUUUUUGGUUUACCUUGUAUAUGUUUGGUUUUGACUGGUUGGGCUUUACUCCUACGAUCAUCGCUACUCCUGCUUCUAGUGGUUUCAUUUGUCCAAUAUGAUUCUCUUUAUUAUUUUAGUUUGGCUAUUGUUAUACUUGUUUUGGUAGAUAGGUUGAUUUACCUGCAUCUCUCUCUCUCUCUCUGUGUUACACCUAUUUACUAAAAAAUAAAGAUAAAAGGAACACCCUUUUUUUUUCAUUGUCCUUUGUGAUCAUUG